AGCUAUUCUCAGAGUGUGAGCCUGGCUCACAGCAUCCAGGCUGCAGGCUCCCUCCUUCGCACAACUUGAAACAGCUGCAUCCUUCAUGACACAAUGGCAAUGCUGUCCAACAACACAGACUUAACCUUGUUCCUCUCAAAAUUGCUAGAAGACUACAUAGAGAAGAAAAACCACCCCACGCCUGCACCCUUCAUUGAUUCUAGUGACCAUCUGGAAGUAGUGUUUAUACUUCUCCUGCUUGGAUUUUUUGGAUUCAUCACCUUUGGGGUCAUGAUCAGCUAUAUCCGCUCCAAAAAGCUGGAACAUUCCAAUGACCCUUACAAUAUCUACAUUGCCACUGAUCUCUGGCAGAAGAGGGACAAAGCCUACUUGCAGGCCAAAGUAGUAGAAAAUUAUAAAUCAUGUAGUAUAUGGGAAAAUGAGCAUGCUGUCGAACAACCUACUAAUCAUAUCCCUGAAGUGAAAUCUUAAUAACAAGAUGGUCGGCCUGUUUUAGAGACAUUGUGCUGUCCCUUCAAAAGUACCAAAGAGACAACAGUUGGACAAACAUUUCAAAAGCAAAGGGAUAAAACCUACAACCUCUGUUAUUACCUCCCUUGAACUGGUGCCACACUAAUGUGUUGGAUGACAUCUUCCAGCAAUUCCUGACCAAUAUGUGCUUACUGUGUAGUAGAAGGAAUUGUUAUCUGAAGAGCUCAUCAUGAUGCACCAUGUUGGGAAAGGCAGCUGUUCUAACCUAAACAGUAAAAAAUUGGAGGUAUUUGUAGGCUAUGAUCUAUCCCAGCAUAGUUUUUCCACCUCGAAAAUCUGAUUGUACUAUGAAUAGAUCCUUGUUCUAGACUUCAUUCUUUUUUUACAAAACAACAAGCAUAAAAAUGUUGCUUCAGUUUCACAUUUUGCAGGUAUCUCCAUUUCACUAACAGAAAACAUGAAGCUGAUUCAUAAGAGAUGGAGGAAGAGUAAUACAGUUUAAAUAUGUCAUAUAAUUUCUUUGUGUAUAAUAUAGAUCGUCCAAAUGGAUAUGGCUGGGGACAGAUUUGUUUAAAUUUAGGAAAUAUUUUUUUUAAAUUUAGGAUUUUUUAAAAAAAAUAGGAAAUAAUCAGAAACAGCCAUUAUCAACUGUUCAGUUUCACAAAAUAUGAAUUUACAGAGAGAAAUGUAGAGAGGAGAGAGGGAGAAAGAGCUAUACUUAAACUUAGCUACAUGAUAUAGCUAAAAGCACUUCUAACACCAAUGUUGGACACCAUUUGGUGAUCAAUUCUGGCCCUCAUUGAUCUCAUGAUAUUUGGAGAGCUCAGGCAAUUAAUUCUGACUUUUGUCCUUUAAAUCUCAGUGGUUUGCAAAUCUUGUAGAUGAUCUGCUUUGCCACUGGGAUGACCUCUUGCUUCAAUCUGGUCCAUAGGCCCCAUUUAAGCCAGUCCUUACUCUCCCUUCCCCCAAGGUUCACAUCCAAUUCCUGGAGCUUCUCUUUCUCUCUAUGCAUUGCUUGGAAUCUAUUCCUUUUCUUACAAUCCAAACAGAAAAGCAAUAUAAAUAUACAUAGCUGCUUAGAGUCACUCACUAGGUGAAUUUAAUAAAUAAAUAAAUAUGAUUUUAUAUAUGAUAAACAUUUCACCGAUAGAUUUCUUAUGAAAUCAGUAGAGUGCAAUUUUCCAAAAAUCACUGUGCAUCUUUCUCCAAGCCUAUCAGUUACUGAUCAACCUUUUUUAAUGACAAUUCACUGAUUCUUGUUUUAAUUUGUAUGAUUUUGCCAAUUUUCCUUGAAUAAGUGAUUUCUAUUGAAGGAGUUUGUAAUUUCUGGUUAUUAUAUAACUUCUGUAGUAUUUCAAAC